GAACUUUUUUCAAUGUUGUAAGCAAAAUGGCUGCUCUCCGCAAACUUUCUCGGGUUUUGUUGACAAAACCGAUUUUAAGAAAUAAACCAUGCAUACAGAAUCAGACAAGGUUGUCAUCAUAUUUCCCUAUCGAUGAUAAUAUGUUUGGGCUUACAGAUGAACAAAAACAGUUAAGAGAAGCAGUUUUCCAAUUUACACAGAAGGAAUUGGCACCAAAAGCUGAUGAAAUUGAUCAAUUAAAUUCUUUUCCUGAUAUGAAGGACUUUUGGAAGAAGUGUGGUGAACUGGGUUUACAUGGAAUUACAGCUCCAGAACAAUAUGGCGGAUCAGGAAUGGGUUAUGUUGAGCAUUGUUUAAUCAUGGAGGAAAUGUCACGUGCGUCUGCCAGUAUUGCCCUCAGUUACGGUGCCCAUUCUAAUCUUUGUCUUAACCAGAUAGUCAGGAAUGGAAGUGAAGAACAAAGAUUAAAAUACUUACCUGAUCUGAUAUCAGGUGAUAAAGUUGGAGCUUUGGCCAUGAGUGAGCCGAAUGCAGGGUCAGAUGUUGUUUCCAUGAAACUACGUGCUGAUAAACAAGGAGAUUAUUAUGUAUUAAAUGGCAGUAAAUUUUGGAUAACAAAUGGUCCAGAUGCCGAUGUUCUGGUUGUGUAUGCUAAAACAGAUUUUAAUGCUGAUAAACCACAGCAUGGUAUAACAGCAUUUCUUAUAGAAAAGGAUAUGGCAGGAUUCAGUACGGGUAUUAAGCUAGAUAAACUUGGUAUGCGGGGCUCAAACACUUCUGAGUUGAUAUUUGAGGACUGCAAAGUUCCAGUUGAGCAAGUAUUGGGAGGUGAAGGGCGUGGGGUUUAUGUUUUAAUGUCAGGACUAGACUUAGAGCGAGGGCUUGGGGCGUCUGGACCGUUAGGAAUAAUGCAAGCAUGCUGUGAUGUUGCCUUCAAAUAUGCUCAUGAGAGAGAAUGCUUUGGUGAGAAAAUUGGGCAUUUUCAGAUGAUCCAGGCUAAGUUAGCAGACAUGUAUACAACAUUAAGUGCAAGUAGAUCCUAUGUUUAUAAUGUUGCAAGGUCACUGGACAAAGGUCAUAUCAAUCCUAAUGACUGUGCUGGUGUGAUACUGUAUACGGCUGAGGCGGCUACACAGAUGGCAUUAGAUGCUAUACAGAUCCUAGGUGGAAAUGGAUACAUCAAUGAUUACCCCACUGGCAGAUUUCUACGUGAUGCUAAACUGUACGAGAUUGGAGCCGGGACCAGUGAAAUCAGAAGACUUGUUAUUGCACGGGCAAUCAAUGCAUACUAUAAAUAAACUUUGUGCUGUCAGUACUUUGUGAAAAAUGUGUAAAGCAAAUCAGUGCUAAAUUAAGUCCAUUUUGGUGAAAAUGAAAACAAAAAGUGCUUUCUGAACUAUGUUCUGUCCAUUUAGUGAUAAAAUGUUAAUCAGUCAGAGACUUUUGAUAUAUAAAAUACAUGUAUAUGUACGAACACAUUUUUGUGCGAGAAAAGUGUUAAUCAGUGCUGUAAAUUGAUUUUCUUUAUGAAUUGAUGAUAUUUAUGCUUUCCCUAAAUGACUGAUGUGUAUGUGAAAAAGAAAAAAAAAAUAAGUUGAGGUCUUCUCUUUUAAAUAUAGAAUAAAUAAAAUUUUGUUUGAAAAGUAGUGUAAAUAAAUCUAUUCUUUUUUUGGUGAAUGAAGAACAUGAAGUCUAUACAAAAAAAAACAUUAUAAUAACUUAAUUUGUAUUGUGUUCUUGUUUUGAAUAUAAAAUUAUCCAGAAUUUUUUUUAGGAAAAAUAGUGUAUCAAUUAAAAUUUCUUUUUGUUUGAAGAAUAGUUUUCUGUAUUAUUAUUGCUACUUGUUACUGAAAAGUCUUUUUAAAUGCUUAUUUUACAAUUGCUAAAAUAAUGGUUUUGAAAUUUUGUUACCAUGCAGUAUUGAUUUGUUUAUAUGUGUGAUGCAGGGUUCAUCAAAUUCUGUAAAAGAAAUAACAAUUACAAUGCUUUUUUGUUGGAUUUUUUCCCGUGAAGGCUACUUAUGUUUUAAACUGGAAUUUUGUGAAAUUUACAAUUUUUCUUUGACUUAAGGCCUCAACAGGAUUUAGUUGUACAGCACUAAUUAGAGAUAAGAUGUACAAUUUUCAAAGCUAUACAACACUUGCAUUCAGACGGUAAUU